UUCUUGGAAAUCAAUGGACAAAGUGUGAGCACUAAAAGUUAUCAACCCAUGAAACAGCUUGAAUCUGGGAUUUAUAUAUUUAAUUUUCACCGACAGAUAACUUCAACUACUUCAGCAAUUCACUUCUCCUGCACCACUGAAUCACCAGCCCUCAUCGCCUUCAAAUCAUCAAACAAUUCAAUUCUCCUGCACCACCGAACCACCAGCCCUCUCAUCGUCUUCAAUCUAUCAAACAAUUCAAUUCUCCUGCACCACCGAACCACCAGCCCUCAUCGCCUUCAAUCCAUCGAGUAUCUAUCAGGCAAUUCAAUUCUCCUGCACCACCGAACCACCAGCCCUCAUCGUCUUCAAUCCAUCGAGUGUCUAUCAGGCAAUUCAAUUCUCCUGCACCACCGAACCACCAGCCCUCAUCGUCUUCAAUCCAUCGAGUGUCUAUCAGGCAAUUCAAUUCUCCUGCACCACCGAACCACCAGCCCUCAUCGUCUUCAAUCUAUCAAACAGUGUAAGCACUUAUCGAGUAUCUAUCAGGCAAUUCAAUUCUCCUGCACCACCGAACCACCAGCCCUCAUCGCCUUCAAUCCAUCGAGUGUCUAUCAGGCAAUUCAAUUCUCCUGCACCACCGAACCACCAGCCCUCAUCGCCUUCAAUCCAUCGAGUAUCUAUCAGGCAAUUCAAUUCUCCUGCACCACCGAACCACCAGCUCUCAUCGCCUUCAAUCCAUCAAACAGUAAGCACUCAUCGAGUGUCUAUCAGGCAAUUCAAUUCUCCUGCACCACCGAACCACCAGCCCUCAUCGCCUUCAAUCCAUCGAGUGUCUAUCAGGCAAUUCAAUUCUCCUGCACCACCGAACCACCAGCUCUCAUCGCCUUCAAUCCAUCAAACAGUAAGCACUCAUCGAGUAUCUAUCAGGCAAUUCAAUUCUCCUGCACCACCGAACCACCAGCCCUCAUCGCCUUCAAUCCAUCGAGUAUCUAUCAGGCAAUUCAAUUCUCCUGCACCACCGAACCACCAGCUCUCAUCGCCUUCAAUCCAUCAAACAAUUCAAUUCUCCUGCACCACCGAACCACCAGCUCUCAUCGCCUUCAAUCCAUCAAACAAUUCAAUUCUCCUGCACCACCGAACCACCAGCCCUCAUCGUCUUCAAUCUAUCAAACAGUAUUCAAUUCUCCUGCACCACCGAACCACCAGCCCUCAUCGCCUUCAAUCCAUCGAGUGUCUAUCAGGCAGUCUGUAUCCUUUAUCAAACAUUUUAAAAGAUGCAUUCUAAUCUUUUGUUUUUUUAUUUCAGAUUCAAUUCUCCUGCACCACCGAACCACCAGCUCUCAUCGCCUUCAAUCCAUCAAACAAUUCAAUUCUCCUGCACCACCGAACCACCAGCUCUCAUCGACUCUAAUCAGACUGUUAUAUCCAGUUGCUAAUUCGACUAGUGCUGAUCCGAAACUUUAUCAUGGAUGA